UUGAAAUUAAUUUAUGAGACAUGCAUUGUAUCAAGGUCUCUUCUUUACUAAGAUUAGGCUCUGAAUUACUUAAUCUCACCGAGGAAUUAUUCAGCCCUACAUCUCUCCGAUCAUAUUUUGCCGAGUUUAUCUCUACCUUCAUCUUCGUUUUCCUCGGAGUCGGCUCUGCAAUUUCAGCCGCGAAGCUGAUGACAUCAGAUGCCACCUCAGCUGAAACCGGUGUUCUGGCUGUUGCCGUGGCACACGCUUUUGCAUUGGUUGUUGCUAUGUAUUUGGCCGGAGAUAUAUCUGAUGGCCAUGUCAAUCCAGCUGUCACAUAUGGAUUGGUUGUUGGAGGCCAUGUCAGCGGGUUGACUGGCAUAUGUUAUUGCAUGGCUCAAUUAUCGGGGUCCGUUACUGCAUGCGUGGCGUUAAUAUUGGUCACGGCGGGCCAGGCUAUUCCUACUACAAGGCCGGAUCCCAAAAUAUCGGGUUUAGCUGACGUGGCGAUCGAGGCCUUGGCCACGUUUGCAAUCGUGUAUGCGGUGUUUGUAGCACGAGACCUAAGGAACGGGCCACGUGGAAUCAUGGGACCAAUAGCGGUCGGGUUUAUAUACGGGGCGAAUAUAUUGGUGACAGCACCGUUAACGGGCGGGUCAAUGAAUCCGGCCCGAUCAUUUGGACCGGCAUUUGUAACGGGUGAUAUGAAGAAGCAGUGGGUUUACUGGGUCGGACCCCUGGUUGGAGGGGGCAUUGCAGGUUUGGUGUAUGAGAGCUUGAUGACAACAUCAAAUGGCCAGCCUCCUUCUUCUAUUAGUAGUGUGGGCUAGUGUGACAUGCCCUCUAAA